AACGCAGUUGGUGCGGCAGAUAAAAGACACAGCUGGAACAGAGAUGACCUCUGGCAAAGUGGCCCUUUAUGUCCUAGCUCUUCGGUCCUCCUGUCAGAAUCCUACUGAUGUCAGCACGCCAGAAAAGCAUGUCAACCUGGUCCAAGUCCUUGAGAAGAAAACAAAGGAAGAGAUUAAGCAUAUCUAUACUACUGGGACCCCCAAGACAACCUACUACCAAUUGGCUCUAAAUACUUUGGUUCUGUGUGUGGAAAACAGUCCAGAACUUGAAACAGCUGCCACCGCCCUUGCCAAGGCAGCCCUGGCUAAUAGUUUCCAAUUGCAUGGUCGUUUCUCUGUAGAUACUGCUGCCAUGGCAAGUCUAGCACUGUUUUGCGUGUAUGAAGGAAGAGUCUCAUCUCACCAGAGCAAACUAACAGGAACGAUACAAAACGCCUUGGCCCUGAUCACAAAGCAAAUCCUUGAUGAACAGCAGAACAAUGGUAUCCUUGGAAACAUCUAUAACACUGGCCUCGCAAUGCAGGGUCUUAGAGUCAUGUCGGAGUUCUACACUGCUGAUGCAUGGAGCUGCCAAAAGACCCUGAAAGAAGUGCUGCAGGACAUCACUGAGGGAGCCUUUAGCACUCCAACUGCUGUUUCUCAGAUCCUACCUUCUCUUAUGGGCAAAACAUACUUGGAUGUGAGGGGUCUUACUUGUACCUCUGAAAAUGGUGUUGACAGCUACUAACCAAGAGAUAAUGAGCAAACUGUGACCAUCUUCAAUAGAUACUGAGCUAUCACUUACAAUAUGACCUAGGACUAAGAUUCAAGCCUGCUUUGUAUCAGAAGAUUGCCCUUUCAGACAAAAAGAUAUGGCAAGAUGACAAUAAAAAUGCUGAUUUGA